AGGCGGCCGUUACCACAGCACCGCCCUCCCCCCUCCCCCCUCUCCCGCCGCCUGCGGCCCUGCGCGGCCCCUCCAAGAUGGAGGGCUGGCGAGGAGCUUGGUAUGUGCCAUGUCUAGCUUCACAUGAGACCCUCCAAGAAUUAUGUAGGAAGGAAAAUCUGAGAUGUAAAUCCAUUGGAAUCACCAACAAGAGUCUAAAGAGUUAUGAGGUGGAAUAUUUGUGUGACUACAAGGUAGAAGAGGGCAAAGAAUAUUAUCUUGUGAAAUGGAAAGGAUGGCCAGAAUCUUCAAAUACUUGGGAACCUCAGAAAAAUCUGAAAUGCCCAAAACUUCUUGAAAACUUUCUUAGUGACAAGGACGAAUACUUAUCUCGGAUGAAAGAAGGCAAAGCACUGAAAGUGAGAAACAGUGUUAAAGCUUUGAAACCUGCAGUUGCAGAUUACAUUGUAAAGAAGGCUAAACAAAGAAUAGCUCUGCAGAGAUGGAAAGAAGAACUCAACAGGAAAAAGAAUCAUAAAGGAAUGAUUCUGGUAGAAAACACUGUGGAUCUUGAAGGUCCUCCUAUAGACUUCUAUUACAUUAAUGAGUAUAAGCCUGCUCCGGGGAUAAAUGUAAUAAAUGGAAUAACAACUGGCUGUGAAUGCUCAGACUGCCCUGCCGAGAAGUGCUGUCCAAAGGAAGCUGGUUUUAUUUUGGCUUACAAUAAACGAAAGAAGCUGAAAAUCCAGCCUGGCUUGCCCAUCUAUGAAUGCAAUUCAUUUUGCAGGUGUGGUCCUGACUGCCCUAAUAGGAUAGUACAGAAAGGCACACAAUAUUCUCUUUGCAUCUUCAGAACUAACAACGGCCGAGGCUGGGGAGUGAAAACCCUCCAGAAAAUUAAGACCAACAGUUUUGUGAUGGAAUAUGUUGGAGAGGUGAUUACAAGUGAGGAAGCAGAGAGACGAGGCCAAUUCUAUGACAACCAGGGAAAUACAUACUUGUUUGAUUUGGACUAUGACUCAGAUGAGUUUACAGUAGAUGCAGCUCGAUAUGGAAACGUGUCCCACUUCGUGAAUCACAGUUGUGAUCCCAAUCUUCAAGUCUUCAAUGUAUUUAUCGAUAACCUUGACCUGCGUCUUCCUCGAAUAGCACUGUUUUCCACAAGAACCAUCAAGGCUGGAGAAGAGCUGACAUUUGACUACCAGAUGAAAGGUCAGGCAUUGCAUCUCACUAGAACAGAUGUCCCUCACUGACAGCGCAGACAGCGCACAACCAGAAGCUUUGUGUGCACCUCUAGUGCAUUACUUCCUUCAGCACUCCUGGUUCAGAGCAAGGGGUUGUGGUUGGAACCUCUGACAAGGUAGCUUGCUUUAAAGAUUUGUCACAGGGCUGCUCAAAAUAAUGGUCAAGACAAAAAACGUAUUUGGAGACGUUUAGAAAAGCUUCCCCUUAUUGAAGCUGGCAUUUCAGGUAAACCACUUUUUAAAGAAUCUCCUGAGAAGCAGCUGCUUCUAACUGACAGUUAUGAAGGCAGUUGUAACAGCCGAGUGAAGUAAGGUACCAUAGGUGUGUACAGGGAUUGUUAUGCAGAGACUUCAGGAAGAAAUAUUCUUGGUGAAAUAUUACCAGCUUCUUUGAUAACUGAUUUUCCAUUCAGUAAUUCCUUUUUUUUUUUCCCAGUGCAGUAUAAAACAUUUGAAUCUGGUUGGCAGUGGUGUUCUGUGUGUCAAGUGUGCAUGCUUGCAAACCACUAAGCCACAACGUAUUGUUUUCCCAGCUGUUUAAUUUCCAAAGAAGUAUUUUUAUGCUCCAGAGCUGUACCACAUUCUUGCAGAAGCUCUCUUUCAAUAUUGACCAAGUUCUUUUAUUGAAAUCUCUUUUAAAACUUCCCUUUUCUUUUUGUGGUGCCUGUAACAGUGAUGUUCAAGGCAGACUGCAGUCUCAGCUGACCAGUAUAUGCCGAUAAGCUUGAGCCUAAAGGGCCUGAGUUCACUGAGCUUUGGAUCCUGACAUGUGUGACAAGUGUUGGAUAAGCAGUUGUAAUGUGGGUGUUGGUAGAAUUCAGCAUAGCUUCACACACAAUUUUUUUAAGAGCUGGGGUGGUAGAAGGCUUCUUGAAGCCAUUUCUCUGUCUUGAAUUCCUAGCUCAAUUUCAGUCUUUCCAUUAAAAUGUCCUUAUUUGUGUUUGUCUGUGUCACAGGUUCUAUAGAUCUGACUUCAGACUCUGCUGAUGGUCUGAGCCCAUCCAGAAAGAGGAUCAGAACAGUCUGUAAAUGUGGAGCUGUGUGUUGCAGAGGUUAUCUCAACUGAGUUUGAGUACCCAAAGUCACAAAUACUUUGUUCUCUUCUCAAAGAGUUUUAAGGAGACUCUUCUUUCAUACAUACAUUAUUCUUACAGCUUAUGUAAACAGAUACAACGAAAACAAGAUGUUAUGUUUGUAAGUGAAAUGGCAUUGGCCAAAGAAAGAGAUCUAGUGUUUCAGGUUGAAACUGAUAAUGUGGAUUAAAAUUUAAUUUUUCUAUCAUCGUUAUUUGGGAAGCAGUAAACUAUAUGGUAAGAAAAUUCUCUAACAUGUACCUUGAUUUGAAUAUUAAAUGUAAGCUCACAGCGGUAGGCCUUUUAGGAGCUGAUUUCAGUGAGAUAAAGUGGUGUUGCAUAUUUUCUGUACCUUGCAAAGAAGGUAUUAGAAGGCAUUCAAUUUGAGUCCUAAAUCAUAGCAGACAGUUCCUUUUUUUUUCUUUCUUUCUUUUUUUUUUUUUUUUUUUUUGUGCUGGUGUGUAAAAGAAAGGCUGAGAGAGUCAAAAAGAGAGAGUAAGCAAUAACAUCUGUGGCACCACGAUGAGAGGCAUCAGAGCACGACUGGAAGGCGGCUCAGAGGGGUGCAAACUGGAAAAGCUCCAUUGAAUUCCACACAGUAAAAUCGUCGGCGUUCGUUGAGUCUGGGGGUCUUAAACAUCUUCACCUGAUGUCAUGUUGUUCGGAAGCUUUAUGAAUAGCAUUUCUUAAAUCGUUACGUUCUGACUUUUAGUUCAGGUUCUGUAGGAGGUCUUCUUUUCUGCACAGAGUUUGUAAAUGUUGGGUUAUUAUUGGUAACACACACUGUUUUGUUUUCAUUGCAGAAAUUUGGCAGUCAUUGCUGAAAAAAAAAAUACUGGCUACAGUUUGGGAAUAGAAAACAAAGUAAUUAAAGGAAAGCAGCCUGUUGCCCAUCAACACUGAUGCAUUCUGCAGAUAUACUUAGUUAUCUGUUAGGUGUAGAAAUAGCCUGGGAAUUGAUUUGUAUUAACAGUUGUUUUUGCUUAAGUUUUUACAUACUGUGACUUUAUUUUUUUUUUUUAAUCUAGUGACAGAUUUUUAAGAUAUUAGCCCUAUUUUUCUCGUGUUGCAAAAAUAUUAACUUCAGUGAAGUUAGGCUAGGGUUGAGCUACCCAUUUGCUGUAGUCAUUUGUAACAUGUUCUUGAAUGUAAAGGCUGAGAAGAAUACUGUUCUUCAGCUGCUUGUAUCAUUUUAUUAUUAUUACCUUAAAGUUGUUUUGAUCUGUUGGUAAUAUGUGCUACGUUUUGCUUGGCUUCAAAGACACUGAAGAGCACUUGAGUUUGGUUAUGAGUGGAGUUACAGCCAAGGUCCAUGCUCUGGGGAUAUUUGAAGGGCUUUAUUCUCAUGGAUAAAAAAGCUUGUAAAACUUGCAUGUUGCUUACAAAUACUUGCUUACAAAAUGUUGACAGUCAGGCAGAAUGUUGUUGCUCCCUAAAUGGAUGCUAGCUAUGUAUCAUAGGUCAGCUAGUUGCCUUUAUAAGGUGCACAGCUGUUGUCUCAGGUGAAUGAAGUCAAGUACCCAGCAUGUAUCAAUUUCCUUAAUUUGUUAGCAAAUGCCUUAAACUUCAGGCUAGUUCCCAGCACUCCAAGAAGAGUGUUUCAGAGGAUAACACAGGUUGUCUGCUGACUAAGAAGCACCGUUGCAUUGGCACUGAACAUCUGGCUCUUUGGCAGGAAGUGUCAUUUUUUUUAUGCUGGGAGACACUGAAAUCAGUUUCACGGUUGGAGUGAAGAGCAUGGGCCACUGCAAGUCCUGUCUGAGGUUUGUAAUCUACAACACAAAGAGAUACAUGUGAAGUUAUUGUUUCACAUGAGCAGGAGGAAACUUGCUUAUGUUUAAAAGUAUUUGACAUUAACAGGCUCAGCUGUAUCCACACACUUGGAUAAAUGCUCAAUCUAUUCAAUUUAUAAAAUGCCACUUCUCCAGCAGUUUUUAAUUUAUUGAUGUGGAAUGUUGGAGUUUAACAAACUCUAGAUUAUCUGCUGUCAUUUGGAGUUGUUUGCUUUCUCUUGCAUGUAGCCCAGUUUAGAAACGCAUUCCACACGGAUGGAAUCUGCGACCUCCAGCUCCUGAAUCUGCUGCAGUCUGCAGCCUUUCCUCGGCACAGGAGUGCAAGAGUUCUGCAGCAAGACAGAUUCCUUACCACAUUGGUUUCUCUGGCCUCUGCUGUGCAAGUUGACAGAAUGGUUUACCACCCUCUUUGAUUUAAAAAUCACCAAUAAAUACACGUUCAAAGAGAAAAGUCUUACCAGUUGUACUUGAGUUCCGUGUCUGCCUUUUUCCCAAGGCAGUAUCUGUUAUCACCAGCAUUGAAGUGACAAACACUGUUGUUCUAUAAGGAUAUGUAUGUUACCUCUUGUGUGUGAAAUAAAGGACCUUUAAUUUAUGUUCUGGGAGGUAACAGUAUUUUGUAUUUAUUUGAACUAAAAUCACAUAUCCGGUUUCUAAUUUAGAAUACUGAACAGUGUUUAUGUCUACAUAUUCAGUGCAUUUGCAGUUGGUAACUGAGCUUAACGGAAUACUGCAUCACUUUUAAAACUCCUUCUGCUGUUUCUAUGAGUUCAGGGGGGAAAUUGCCAGAUUGGAAAAGAAGAAGAAAGGUGUUUUCCAUUUCUUAAGGAGCCUAAACCAGCCUAGCUUCUGCCUUUGUUUUGCUUUGUGGUCUGUUGGCAUCUUCACGGCCACCACUUCAGUGGUGUAUGUGUACUUCUUAAGAGUCAGGUAACCUGUGCUCUGUCAUCUGGCUUAUUGUUUUUGUUGGGUUUAUUUUCUGAGGUAGCAGAAUAAUGCUGCAAGAUUAUCUGUAAGAUUGUCUAUUUAUUUAAUCUCAAAGUUAAAUCAAGUCAAUCUUUGGGUUAUUUCUAAUGUAUGUCUUAGGACUGUGUACUUUAGCAUAUGCAGUUUGUAAGCUCAGGAACAUUUUCUUCUCAUGAUGUGUGAUCUCUAGUAUUGCUAUCUUCCUACAGUUUUUGACAAAAUAAAUUAAAUUUAGUUUUU